GGUGCACCGCCCGUCCACCUGCCCGCACACCUGGCCCUGGCCGGCGGCGGCGCCGCGGGCACUCGCUGCGCUGGAAUGGCGGGACCUCGGCGGCUGCCUCUGCUGAUCAUGGCCCUGACCCUGCUCCCGAAACUCUCUGGGAAUGAAUAUUCUUCAGGCACUACAGUUGUUUCUUCAUCACAGUCGGUAACCGAGAGCUCAUCUGCCGCCCCUACGACCUCUUCUCCCUCCGACCCCAGCUCCUCCAAUACUGGGGACACCUCCACCCCCCAGCGCAGCACCCCAAGUCCCGGGGAAAUCACCACAGCCCAGCUCAGCGCCACCCCAACAGAUUCUGGGACGGCCUCCCCCUCCCUGCACCCCACGACAGACACGCACUCGGGCUCUGGGUCUCCCAGCCCAGAGCUCACUGCCGUGUCCGAGGCUGCGUCGCUGACUUCUUCCCCUCUGCGCCCCCAGGGGCACACCCUGACCCCCGCAUCACGCCGCAACCCGGGUGUGGUGGUGGCUGUGUGUCUGGUGGUGUCCCUGGUGCUCAUCGGGUCCGUGGUGCUGGCUGUGAGACGCUGCCACCGGGACACAUCUGAAUUCCUCGUGCUGGACGAGGUGUCCAUGGCCAGCGUGAGCCAACAGGAGUCCACUACCCCUGAGUGACCGCAGCGGGCCGGAGAGAGAACUUGGACAGCUGGGUGCCCGGGAGGCUGCAGCUGCCACUGCUCCGGCACAGUGGGGACGGCAGGCACCUGCAGUCCCAGCUGCUGUGCUUGGGAGGCUGAGCCAGGAGGACUGUUUGAGCCUAGGAGUUUGAGUCCAGCCUGGCCAACAAAGCAAGAGUCUAUCCAACAAUAAGAGAAUCAAUGAACAAAUAAAUAAAAUCCCAGAUGUUCACCUGA